UUUAAUUUUCUUUAAAAUCUUCUUGAAAGAGCUUUGUGAUGAUGCUAAAUGUAGGCAAAAUAAAUAAAAGCGUAUUUAUUUCUCUCAUUGGUUGGAAAAGUCUACUUAAAAAAGGACCCCAUGAAAACUGUUAAUCAUGGUGGAUUAUUGGGACACGGGAGAUUUAGAUUUGUUGAAAUUACUAAAAUGUAAAAAGAAGCCAAAGAAUCUCCCCAAAAAUUAUAUCUAACUUUCAGAUUGAAGUACCAAUGUUUACAUAUUAUUAAAGAGGUUAUUUCUGUGUUGUAAUGCCUUUUCUGUUUGUCCCCCCGGCUAAAGGACGAAGGAGUGUCUGGACUGUCUACUGCUAUUCUCGCUGACUAACUGAGUAGUUAAUCCUUGAGUUUGUAUUUCUUUUGGUUUGUUUCCCUUAUUUUCUUUUUGUUUGGGUUGGGAAGUGUGUCUGUCUUUUUGACAGCUAAAAGUUUGGUUAAAUAUUUCAAACACAAAUAACAUAAUGAGAAUUUACGAACUGUCAAACAAGACUGCAUUUUUUUAAUCAGUUUUGAGUGCUGUGUUUUUCUCCUAAUGAUUCGAAUCGCGUUUUGAAGCACAUCAAACAGCGGUUAGAGAACCGUUAGUCUCUACGGUUCACCGGGACUUCACACUCGGAGCAGGAGGAACCGCUGGCAUUACUUCACCAUGAACGCCUUCCAUAUUACAAACGUGGUAGCUGUUCUUUUAGGGCUUGCGAUGGGCUUAUUUCUGAAAAACUGCAUGGAUCUCACCCCUAUUGAGAAAAUGUCCAUCAGAAUCCCAGGAGAUUCCCUGAUUCGUAUGCUUCAGUUGGUCUCCAUUCCUACGCUUACUACGAGUAUAGUAUUAGGAGUAACUGCCCUGACUGCUGAGGCCACCAAGAAAAUAGCUUGGCGUGGGGCAGCAUACAUUUUGUUGUUGACAAUCAUAUGUGUGUGUCUAGGAUUGGCGUUGGUCCUCCUGAUUAAGCCUGGAGCGGGACAGACGGUUGGACAAGGUGAGCUGGAAAAAGUGCUCCCCCCACUCCAUGCGUUCCUCGAUGUAGUGAGAAACAUGUUUCCACCGAAUCCCAUCCAGGCUUGCUUCCAACAUCACAAGACUGUGCUGCUCCCGUUUACGUCAAACGGGACACGUUCUAUGGUGGGAAGCUACGUAGGCGGAUCCAGCACACUGGGCCUGAUCGUCUUCUCCUUCGUUGCUGGACGGAUUCUGCAGGAUACGCUGGAAAGAAGCAGAAUCCUUGUUGACAUUGUUGCCGUCAUCAACGCGGCCAAUAGAUUUGUGGUCAGCGUGAUACUGUGUUACUUCCCGUUUGGAAUGCUGUUCCUGACUGCCAACAGUAUUCUUGAGGUUCACGACUUGGAAACUUUCUACAGACUGACAAAGUUCCUGGGUGUGAUUCUGUUAGGACUCGUGCUCCAUUCAGUGGUCAUUCUACCGGCGCUGUACUAUUGGAUUGUAAGACGUAACCCGUGGACUGUGGUCAGAGGGGUUUUUCCUGCCUUACUCACUGCGUGGUUCGUAACCUCCAGCACCGCCACACUGCCGGUGACUUUGCGGUGCUGUGAGAGCCGCAACAAGAUUGACCCUAGAAUCACCCGCUUCAUGCUGCCCAUCGCCACCACCAUGAACAAGCAUGGGACGGCCCUGUACGAGGCAGCCGCUGCAGUUUUUGUUGCACAAUUCUACAAUAUCAAUCUGAACAUGGGCCAGCUACUCACCAUCGGAGUGGCUUCAGCGGUCUCCAGUCUGGGAUCAUCAGCGCUUCCAGCGGCGGGAGCCACAACCACCAUCUUUGUCAUGUCACUAGUCGGCAUACCUGCAAAGAAUGCCGCCAUCUUGAUGGCAACGGAAUGGCUGCUAGACCGCUGCAACACUGUGGUCAAUGUGCUGGGAGACUGCUUCGGCGUGGCACUCAUCGAAGCGCUGUCCCUAAAUGAACUGGGAGUAGAGCCGUCGAAUGAGAAUGCUGAGGAACACAUGCAGGAUACGCAGGUCCCCUCCACUAUUCCCUGAGGAUUCCCUCUGCAACCCACCAGAAUGUAUUAUAGUUGUGUUAUUGAUAUGUUAUGUAACCAAAUGUAGUAGUAUUAAUGCUAAUGUGAUUCCAAUUAAUUGUUAUUCUAAUAGAACAUCUUUAUGCCCAAAUGUUGUUUUGAAACUUAUAAUAAAAUGUCUUAUUCUGUG